ACAAACACGAACGGGAGAAGAAGUAGCAACUAUUGGGGGCGGUGUGUAGUUGGAGCCAAAAGAAUCCUCCGGACUCUUUUACCAACUAAAAACGGUGGCGUUGGACUCUUAAAGCUCCUGGUGUUGACGAUAUCGAAAAGGAAGCAGGCAUGGAAGGGGGAGAAGAACAGAACACCAGCACCACAAACGGAACUCCCCAGGCCAGCCGGAGCUCACGUCCACCUCAGAUUGCUCACAUGUCUCUGUAUGAGCGUCAGGCGGUGCAGGCUCUUCAGGCUUUGCAAAGGCAACCCAACGCAGCCCAGUACUUCCAGCAGAUCAUGCUGCAGCAGCAGAUCACCAACGCCCAACUCCACAACCUUGCUGCAGUGCAACAGGUGAACCUGAGCACCACGUCUACGGGCGGCACCAUGACUAGCCCUCGACCACAUGGCCCCGCCACCUCCGCCACAACCACAGCUCUGAACCAGUCAGUGCUGCUGGGUGGGAACUCCACAGGCCAGGGUCAGAUGUAUCUAAGGGUCAACCGCUCUCUCAGGGCUCCUCUCGCAUCUCAGCUUAUCUUUAUGCCUGGAGGGACAGCAACAGCAACUGUAGCCACUGUUGCCCAGACGCAGCAGCAGCAGCAACAACAACAGCAACAACAGCAACAACAACAACAACAACAGCAGCAACAGCAGCAGCAGCAGCAGCAUGAAACAGCCCCCUCUACUCCUGCUGUUCAGUCAGACAACGAUCAGGUGCAGAAUCUUGCUCUCCACGGCGCCUCAUCUCCCAGAGGUGUAGCCAUCAAGUCAGAGUUUCCAGAAAGGAAAGAUUCCUCCAGCUUUUCUGUUGGACAGCAGCAACAGCAGAGCUUUGCAUCUACAACCCCACAGCCACCGCACCAUCAGCAGCAGCCGCAGCAGCAGCAGGUCCCACCUCAGCAGCAGCAGCAGCAGCAGCAACACCCUCAACCCUUGGCCAAAUCGAACUUCGCUCAGCCGUCGUCCGCCAACACUGCCGCUGCCAAAACAGGAAACCAGGCAGCGAUGACAGUGGCACCUGCUGUUUCUGUAGCUCCGUCUACCUCCACCUCCACCGCCCUGCCCAUCUCUCAGCUCCUCUUGUCUCCCUCUGCCCCGGUUAUUCUGGUGCCGACCACCAACGUGCCCACCACCACACCAGGUUACACCCUGGGCUCCGUCACAGCCAAGGCUAACGCUAACACGCAGACUCUGGUGGUGCAGCCGCUGCAGCAGAGCAGCUCUGCUGCGGACAAAGGGCCCGUUCCCAUCCAGCCCAAGACGGCGCAAGGACACCGCCUGCCUGUGCAGCUGCCCCCUCGACACCCGCUGCCAAUUCUGCCUGCACCUCCGAGGAGCAGCCAGGCCUCCGUCGGCAACAACCCUCCUCAUAUUCCGGUCCAGCUGGUGGGAGCGAGGCAGUGUGUGGCCGGAGGAGCUCAGGCUGUGGCUCUGGUGCAGACGCGGAACAUACCGGGCCCGGAGAACCAUGCUGGUGGGACCAGCAGCGGCACCAACACAACGACCAAGUCCACCAACGGUUCUCUGAAGAGGAAGUCCGAGUCCGAUACUCCAAAUGAGACAGCGGAGUCUGACCCUGCUCCGAUGAAAGACUCCGCCCCGCCGCUGUCUCCGGCACCGGCCAAAGACUCGGCUCCGGUCACGGCCGCCACCUUCUCAUCUCCUCCCACUCUGUCUCUGCCACUGCCCCUGUCCAGAGUGGGGGACAAGGAGCGGGCACCGGUUCCUCAGGCGGUGGUCAAGCCGCAGGUCCUGACUCAUCUCAUCGAGGGCUUCGUGAUCCAGGAGGGAGCGGAGCCGUUCCCUGUGGCUGGGCUCCUCAAAGACCGGGACUUUGCUCUGGUGGCUCGAUCCGAGAACGGACCUCCAUUGCUGAAGUGCGAGUACUGUGAGAGCUUCGCUCCUGCCAGCCAGUUCAGAGGGUCCAAGCGCUUCUGUUCCAACACCUGCGCCAAGAGGUACAACGUGAGCUGCAGGCAGGGCAUCAAAAACCGGAACAAGAACGGACCAGGCGUGACAGCGCCCCCUGCUGCCAGCGACAACAAGGAGCGCCGCAGGGUUUUGACCCGGAGGAACAGUGCUGACGCCAAGAUCUCCAGCCGACAUCUGCCCGUCAAGUGCCACUCUGAGUCCAGUCGCUCUGAUAACGACUCCAGCGACGGAGAUGAGGAAGAGGAUGAGGACGAGGACGAGUCCCCGUCCCUCUCUCCGAGCUCCUCACACUCCAGAGUCGAGCGAGCUGCGCCCAGGUCCAGCAGUCCCGCUGCUCUGCCCAUGGAAGGAAGCGACUUCCUGUCGUCAGAUCCGGCUCAGUGGGGCGUGGAGGAGGUCUUCAGGUUCAUCUCCUCGCUUCAAGGAUGUGAGGAGCUGGCUGCUCAGUUCCUCUCCCAGGAGAUCGACGGACAAGCUCUGAUGCUGCUGCGAGAAGAUCAUCUCAUAUCCACCAUGAACAUCAAGCUGGGCCCGGCGCUGAAGAUCUGCGCCUCCAUCAACAGCCUACGUGAGUGACCUGCUCGCUUUAGAGACACACCGGGACUCGUUCCUCAUGAGCACUUGUCAUCGAGUCACCACGUGGUCCCGGGGAACCCACAUGAACAGUCGUUCUCUGAUGCGUCCGUCGGAAGCUCCCGCCGGGUCGGUUUUUAGUAGGCACCGAAAUAUCCCGGAAGCUACGUCUCCCACUGCUCAGAGUAAUCGACCUUGUUAGCCAGAGACACUGGAGACGGAGGGUUGAGUGUUGUUCAUGAACGGAUGCUGUUGGAUGUCAGCCAGCGAGGAUUCAGGAUGUUCAGCAGCCAACAACUGAAGCACGAGCCCCCGGAACUUCCAUGUUUGUUUUCAUUGCAGUAUUAUUUAGCAGUUUCAAACUGUCAUCAGAGAAAGGUGUGGCAUCAGUGUGAGCAAAGGUCGGAAAGGAAAGUGAAUGUCAAGAGAAGAGUCUGUGAAUGUGAUGAGUCCAGAGCCCAGUUUGAAAUUGAACAAGAAACGUGCCUGUUGGAGUGUGUCAGCAGAGGGCGCUGUUGCCCUCCUGUCGUCCAUCUUAACCUACAGCUGACUGUGCCUUCUCGGUGGUCUCAGAACUUUAUUCCUCGUCCAUGUCAUUUAGAACGUUUCUGUCAGUUUAUAUAAAAGUGUUUUUAAUAGAGGAGAGCCUCCGACACGGAGAGGCUCGACGUUAAGGACGUGUUACAAAGGUUUAGUUUUAUAUUGUUUCUGUUUUCUACUCCAGUUCCAAACAAUUUUUUAUGUUGCUGUAGUGUUGGUAGCAUGAGGGUUGUUUCUGAAGGACAGUGUUCCGACAGACUCGCAGUUGAAGUCGCGCGUUGAGAUUAUUUUAUUCACAUUUUCAUUCCUAAAAACAAUGUCAACAGCCCCAAACUUUAUUAGAAUUAUACAAAAACAAAAUGGCUUCUUGUUGUAAACGAGCACGCAAACCUUCAUUCAUAGCAGCGGAGUCGGGCGUCGGCGGACGGACAUAAAUAAAGAGCCUUCAAACGAAUGUGAAUGUCGCUGAAAAUAAAACAAACUUUUCCAGUAAACACGUUUGUCUCUGAGGGGCGUGUUGAGGCCCCGCCCACACCAGCUUAGUUUGGGAGCCAUUAUUCAGAGGUAACGGGAUCAUUUGGUCGGAGCUUUGAGGCGACGCCUCAGUGGUUCCGCUGCCUUCAGGAUGCUUGAAACGGCUCAGUUAAAUGCACAAACAGAAAGCGCUGGUUGGCCUGGUGUGGACCGGACCUCGGGGAUCAGAAGACCGUGUAGCUGUGGUUCUCCCCGAACCCGGCCUCCUGCAGGUACUGCUCCAUGUUGAUGGGUGCGGGCACCUUGAGGACCUUGUCCGAGGCGCUCUUCUCUCCGGAGGUCAGCUUCCGGGUGACCUCAGCCAGAGUGGGCCGGUCCAUGUCCUUCCACUGACAGCAGCCCUUGAUGAGUGAAUAUCUGCGGCAGACAGAGUGGAGCUGUCACUCAGACGUGCGUGUGGGCCAGAGCAGGAGCUGCCCUGGAGACUCACAGCGUGCUGGAGCAGUGCGCCGGCUUCUUCAGGCUCUUCCCCCGCUGGUGGAACUGCAGCAGCUCGCUGACAGAGAUCUCGGCAAAGGGCACGUCACCUGCAGAUGAGAGGGGAGUGUUGGCAAAUCUAGCCCUCGAGUCAGGUGUUGGCCGCCUUCUCACCCAGCGUGGCCAUCUCGUAUAGCAUGACCCCGAACGACCAUCUGCAGACAGGAAGUGAUGAGAACACGGCGCCAACAGGGCGGGAGGUUAGCACAGGCCGACACUCACACAUCGCUGCUGGGCCCGGCCGGUCUUCUGGCCAGGAUCUCUGGAGCCUGCCACUUCUUCAUGCUGGCGUCUUCCCUCCUGGUGGGCCCCUGGUUCUUCCUGGUGUAGACCCCGUGCAGCCCCCACAGUUUGGCAGUGAAGCUCUUGCUCACCAGGACGCUGUGCGCGCGGAUGUUCCCAUGCAGAAGGUCCUUGCUGUGGAGGAACUCCUGAGGGAACAGAAUUACCUGAGUGGCUGCUACAGACACCCUGCGGGUGGUGAUCGGAGCAGCUGCACUGACCAGCGCUGACGCCACCUGCUGGGCCAUGGUGAAGAUGCGACGCUCUGUCAUCUCACACGGAGGAUCCACGCUCUCCUGGAAUCACAGCAGGUUCAGCAAACCUGAGCAGCAGAGCCGCCAGCGGGGGCUCACCUCUCGGCACCGCCACAGGAAGCUGAGCAGGUCUCUGUUCUCCAGCUCCUCCACCACCGUCACCAGGGGGGCUCUGAGGGAGACCACGCCCAGCAGCUCGGGCAGGAAGGGAUGAGGACCCAGCUGGGCCAGGAAGGAGGCAAAGCCCAGGAAGCUGUGCCUCUCUGUGGCAUCAGCCGAGUCUGAGGGAGGAGGCACUUCAGUUAGGCAGCAGUAGAAGUACUGUUUACUGCUGCAAGGGCAGUGAUGUUGCAGUCGUACGAUGUAGUAAUUCUAAGCAGUGAAGACAGGAGUAGGUGUGGAUGAACAUCAGUAUUGUCUGAGACAUAGUGACGCGCUUAACCAGUCGCCUGAGCUCCUCACCGUUGAGCACGCGCAGCACCACGUUGCGGUUCUCCAUCCUCGCCCUGCACAGAGACACGUUGGAGUCGGAGCGCAUGGCGAAGGCGUCGGGCAGCGGCGUGACCAGGUUGAAGGACUCGGGCAGCCUCUGGCGCGGCAGCUCCCGGGGCUGGACCACCGGCGUGAAGCUGGCUCUCAGGGCCUUGGCGGGGCCGGGGUCUGGCUCUGGCCUGUUGUAGGUGUUGGGCGGGUGGAAGGUGGAGUAGCUGCUGGGCAUGUCCAGCGCGAUGCUCUCGUGCUCCAGGACGUUGAUGCCGGCAGGAGCUGCUCAGACACAGAGGACCGUCAGGAGGAGCUGGGACCCAGAGCAGCCGCGGGGAGCCUCACCAUCGAUGCCGUGCAGAACCCUCCUGGUCUUGGACCUGAUGGCCUGUGGGCGGAUGCGAUCCACCCUCUCGGGACAGAAGUGCAGCAGCAGGAUGAAGACCAGCGUCACCAGGAAGCUGAGCAGCAGCAGCGUGGGGACGACGAUGACUUCCUGCUCGUACACGCGGAUCUCUGCCCCAAAGACAAACAUGCCGUCAGCCAGCCGCCGCUGCUGCUGCACACAUGGAUGUUUGACAGCCGCCAUGACUCACCGCAGAUGGUGUCGCCAUGGUUGCAGAGGUAGUCGGCGUUGGAUAUGGACGACAUCCUGUCACAUGACACCAGAGCCACUUGUCAAGAGUUUUGGUGGAAGAAUGAAACAUUCUAAAUUGCACUUGCAUUAUUUCAAAAUAAGGGAUGAAUAAGGGAUUUUUUUUUUACUAUAAAUUUUUAACUAUAGAACACCAGAAAUGUUACAAAUAAUCUUGACAUUUAUUGCUAUAUUACAUUCAUUUUUCAUAAUUUGAGGUUCUUUUGUAAUUAAUAUGAAUUAUUAGUGAUGCCUUUGUAAUAUUUUUUCCUGCAUUAGUCAGAAAAACCUAUUCUUAAAUAUUCAUUUAUGUAUUUUUUUCUACAGUUGUAGAAAUUAUGAAUGCAAAAAAUGCAUUUUUUGCAUAUAGUUUAUGUACUUUUUAAUCUACGGUUUGGAAAAAUAUAUUCAUACACAAUAUAUUUUUGUAACUAUAAAUAUUUUUAUAAAUUGCUUAUAUUUUUUGGGGGGGAUAUAACAUUUAAAAAAAACAUUACAUCAAUAACUAUUGACCUAUGUUUAUAUUAUUAUUCCUGAUAUCAUUUUUUCAUUUCUGGAUUCCACCGUUGAUACUGAAUGUCAUGUUUUGCUCAUUAAAGAUUUGGAGAUUCUUUCCUCACUCAGCUUCUCGACACUUUUGGGCCCAUUUCCUUGUAGCAACUGUAAACGUGUUGGUCGACGCGUCAGCAAACAUCCAGGGAAGAAGCCGGCUCCUUCCUCGUCUGGUGUGGGAGCACUGGCGAGGCGAGCGUGGGCUCCUGGGUAAUCGGAAGCUUUUCGCGGCGUAACUGAGACGGUAACUGAGACCGGAGCGGCUCAGACAGGAGACACUGGUCGGGUUUUUACAGCCAAUUUUGGGGUGGAUAUUGGACGGAUCAGAACAAGAGGAAUCCUGACGUCACACCUGAGCAGACCAACUGGUCCGUCAGCAUUGCUCAGCCUGGAGCGCCAGGAAAACGCAGCUUUCCUACCUGCCAGUGUGUGAUCACGGAGCAGCGGCGUCACCUGUGCGUCUCUAGUGGCCCUGUUCCUGAUGAAGGUGGGCGAUGAUCAUCCUCUUCCUCACGACGACUCAGCUCCUCAUCCUGUUGUUGUCCUGCGUCUCUGCGGGGAUCAGCCGGACUCCGCCCUCUUCACCUGCCGGCUCCUCCUCCUCCUCCUUCCUCAGCACCGUCUGGUCCCCUCCGGGCUCCAAGCCCAGCCUCCUGUGUGUCCGGAGGAAACAGGUCGCGCCGCUCCUCCUCGGCUCUGCCUUACACUCUUUUGUUUGGAAUGUUGAACCUUUCUGCGGCGAAACUCGCAGGACAAGUUUGGCACAAAGAGCUCGUCGCCGGGAACAAAGGUCCAAGGAGCUGUAUGUAGCUCGGCGUCAUGAGUGUGCCCGAUAAAGAUGGAAACUACUGGACCUCAUUCACAGCUGCGGAGGAUGAAGCUCGGACAGGAAGAGGCCGAUCGUCCUGAACAAGAGCCCAGCUGUUUUCCCUGCAGCUCUGACAUUAAAUCCUGAACCCGAGUCAAUGAUUAGCUUCCACUGUCAACACAGCCGACGCCACACGCACAGAUCCAUCUCUGAAGCUCAAGUGCAGCAGAAGCUGAACAGGUUAUGGAGGAGCCAAACAGCCCUGACCUGAGAUAUUCCAACACACCAGUCACAUUUUCACAUGUAAAACUGGAACCUGCCGAGCCUCCUGUUUUCUACCCUUCAGCUGUGACGCUCAUGUUUGAACUGAGGGUGUAACACACACACACAAGUUCUUAUUUAUGUCCUAGUGGGGACAUGGUUUCCCCAGCCUCUCUCUCUAACCCUGACCACCCAGAGCACAUGGCUCACCUCAACCUAUUUUGAGGUUUUCACCCUCGACUUGGAUUUGUGGGGUCCAGCCAAAUGGUCUCCACAAAGACAUGAGAUCCCAACAAGGUAUGGACAAGAACUGGUCCCCACUAGGACAGUUAAACACGCACACGACCUAAAGUGCUGACUCAUCUGCUGAAUAUCUACAGGUGAAACAGUGGUGGAGGAAGGAAGCAGAUGACGUGGUGAGGAGAUCAUCACGUCUGACUGCUGAGUGAAUCUGAGGAUCAUUAACUGGUUCAACUGGACUAUUUUAGGACCAAUGAUUCGCAAGUGUCUCAGCACUAACUGCAACACACCACGGUUGCCAGCUGUUGCACAACAAACCAUUGAAACUGGUCAGUCAAAGGUCACGACCUUCAGACAACCUAAACAAGAUGUUUAACAACAAAUAGAUGAAAAUUCACACACACACAGAUGACAACAACACACUCGACACCGUCUCCAAAGCAAAGGUCACUUCAGAUUCUUUAAUCGAGCAAUGACACGGUCACACACUGUGCUCAGAAACACCCCACCACCUACUCCCAUCUACUGUCCAAGAGUGUUAAACUGUCACAUGGAGCUCUGGUGGUUAGAAACAUGAGGAAGUGAAGUGCUGACUCGUCAGUUUAGUUGGGAAGAUCACGGAUGAAUGAAUGAGAUCUGAGAGGCGACGCUGCAGUGUGGCGUCAGCCAGUACACACAGGAGGACUGGCGCCGCCCGGCUCACAGUCGGGCCGUCGGCUGGUCCGGUACAGGUCCCAGCCACUUCUCACCUGAGCGUGAUGAAGUGAAGCCACAGGUGAGAGGAGCGCUCAGCCCCAGAAGAGGGCAGCAGAGCUCACCCUCCCCUCCCCACCAGGAUAAAAAACUCACCCAUGCAGUGAGCCAUCAGCUCGAACCGGUCCGACCCGAAAAACAUCUCCGGUUUCCCGUCCAGGUGACAAAUUAUCAUGGGGAAGCCGAAAGCCUGCGAGGAGCCGAGAAGAGAGAGUCAUGAGGACUGGGGUCGGGAUGGAGAGUCUGGCAGCGGAAAGUUGACCGACCCCGUAAUCCAGCGCCGCCUGAGUUUGGGUCUUCAGUUGGUCUUUGAUGGGCUGGGUGGAGCAGAGCUUCAGAAGGUCCUGAAUCUCCGUCUCGGAGAGUCCAGCUCUCACAGCAGCCUGGAGGGAGCCUCAGUUUCAGAUUGGCUUUCAUGCCAGAGAGAGGUGUGAGGGCGAGACCGGGACCCUUUAGGGUCAGGAGCGGCUCAAACUCAGACCUGGGUCAGGGACUCCGGGUCCACAAUGUCUUGGUCUUGGCUCCAGAUUCUUCUCCACAGCUCUCGGGACACCUGCUCCACUCGUUUGUCUCCGUCCUUCUCCGUCUGCUGGACUGCCGUUACGAAUCUCAUGGCAGACAAGGAUCCUGCGCAGACAGGAAGUCACCAGUGUGUGAUCAGACAGGGCUCCCUGCCGCCUCAGAGGAACUGGCUCUUCUUCAGGUGCCCGAGAGCAUCUCCCCUCUCCCUCUGCCACUUCUACUAGCUUUGUUUUUUCAUUUACGUUCAUUGCACUGUAUUUUUUUAGAAACCCCACUAAUUCUGAUACUUAAAAUGGUGUCAAACAGGAGCAGUGAGUGGAGCUGUAUCGGCCAGUGGAAGACAAACAGUCAGUGUUGACUGAAUCACAUGAACAAUCAGGACUCAACAAUCAGACUGAAGUUUGAGAAUCAUCUGAUAUCCAGUCAUUAUUUUCCGUUGAAAAGGGUCCAAGGGCUCCUGUCUCAUGUCAUGAGAGGCGGUGGGGACCACCACACGUGCACAGUGGGAAGAAACCCCGUUGGAUAGAUGCAUGAAUGAAUGAAUGAAUACCUUUCUGGAACAUGGCCUCAAAGGGAUCAGACGGCGGCUUCAGGGGGACGUUGAAAUACUCCGCCAGACGCUCCAGGUCCCGAGUCAUGAACAGAAACUUGUUUGGGACGAGUCCAGGCGGCUUGUUCCCUGAAGUGAGAGACUUGUUGACACGCGGGAAGAGGCAUCACUUCCAUGUGUGACUCCUCACCGGCUCCCUGCAUGACGCCCCCCAGGAACGCGGGUCUCAGCUUCAAGUCAAUGUUCCACACGGUUCGGUACCGACACAUGACCUGCCGACACAAGCGGCGCCUUUCAAACACGGUGCAAAAACAUCACGGCAUGGACAAACCUCGAAGGCGAGCCAGGAAUAGGGAGAAACCACAUCGUAGAAGAGCUCCACCAGCUUCUUCGACUUGGACGACAUCUUUCCAGCACUGCGCUGCUCAGUGGGUCAAAGUUGAACCGUGACGGUGCAUUAUGCAAUCAUUAAUACCGCUCAUCUGAGUUCGUAACGGCUGCGAACAAAACUCGUGUGGUGUUCUGAAACUGUCGCAGAAACAUUCACUCGUUUUAUUUGAACUUUUGACAAGUUAGCAUUUAGCUAAUAGUUUGGCUGCGGCCCGCUUGUCACUGGUGCGUUACCACCACCUGCUGGACUGGAGAAGAAGUGCAGAAGGUUUAAAUCGCCGUUGUACUAUUAACGACAGAAGCGCCUGAGGAAAUAUGGCUAUUAAAUUGCGUCUGUUUCCAGGCGACGUCUCAUUUUACAAGCACAAAUGGAUUUUUAAAAACUGGGUAUGCAACUUGUCAAAUGCAUGGAAGAUCUCACAACAUUCAUGUCCAUAAAUAUUCCUGACAAUUGUCUCCUAUUUGUUAUUCACAGUGUAUGUUCACGACAAAAAAUAAACUACUUCAUCAUCCUCUACAACAAAUCUCAGCGAACAUUGUCUACGUGUGUGUCUAAGUCUCCUCCUGAGGGCUUGUUGCGUCUUUCCCAUCCGCUCCUCCCGAUGUGUCUACAGGAUUGAACAAAGGGCUGGAGAGAAGAAACUGGUGAAGCAACAUGGUUGGGCCAAAGUAUGAAAAAAGAGAAAAAAACAGGAUACCCACCUCUCCACGUCUUUCUCCAUCUGAACACAGUAUUUAAAGUAGAUAUGUUGAGAUUACUACACACAAGGCAAGCCUGAGGGUUCCUGACCUUAGUCCUCUGUGAGGAGCUGCCGGCCUUUCUGGGUCCACCCAAAGUUUCGAAGGAAUGGCUCCGAACUCGAAUCGCUCUCUGAGAGGCAACAAAAAUGAAACCCUCAUGUCAGGAACAUGGACACACGGAAGGGUGCACCACAGGGCUCCACUGUUAAAGCAAAGAUGGUGAUUUAAAAACUGUCAGCCCUGUGGUACUCCAGCCUCAUAAACAGCCUUAUGAGAACAUUUUCUUUCAACCAGGCUCCUUAAUUUAGAUUAUUUGUUUGAAGUUUGUCAUGACACGGUGAGACGUCAUUCAUUAUGACAGCGGUGGCGAGGGAUUGGGGCUGUCACCUUAAAGUUUUCGAUGAAGCCGCCGCUCCCUUCAGACGCUCCCCGGACACUGUCUGACGUCUGCAACGCCGACAGAGAUGGAUCUCCUGUCAUGAGCUGAGAGCGAGUGGAGAGUUCCGACCGCAGACUCUCCAGCAGAGACGUACGAGUGCGCAGCUAACAAUUCCACAGACUUCAAUCAGGACAAUGGAUCUGCAUGAUCGAAGGCGCGAUGAUGGAGUAGAAGUUGAUGGCAGACAAUCUACCUCCAGUCGGCUGAAUCGCUCAGCCUUGUAGCAGGAAAUCUCUGCAUUGAUGAGUUUGGUCAGAAGGAACUCCCUCAGCAGGUGGCGCUGUGAACAAGCCAUGACACAAAAACAAUGGUUGACUACCAGGACAAAUCCAAAAAACACACCAUUGACCCUCACAUCAGUGAAAAUGGGGGGGUCUGGCAGAACCGGACCGAAGGUGGGGA